UUUAAAUUUCUGUGAAAUUUCAAACUUAAUUUGAACGUUAAUCAAUUUUUUCAAAACUAUUAAAAACUUGUUUGCCAUGUCAUACAGCGACGUUAUUAAAGGAAUUAACAGUAAGUGUAAAUCAACGUCCAAUUAAAAUUUAAAUGAUAGGAUUUGAUUGUGAAAAGCACGCAAAUUUUGUUUUGUGAUUUUUAUUGGCAUUUUAUUCAGUAGAUUAAGCCUAACUUAACCAUAAAUUUGUUCAACGACAGUUCAGAGAAGAAACAGACUCUCCUAAAAUAAGAAUGGAUAAGUCUAGCAGACCAGAAAUCAUGGAAAACUUAAUUGGCGCUAUUAAUAAGAUCCAGGAUGUCUUUAAUGCUCUCAAAGUUCCUAAUUCCAUUGAAUUGCCGCAGAUUGUAAUGCUUGGAUCUCAGAGUACAGGCAAAAGUUCAGUGCUGGAAUCAAUUGUUCAUCGUCCAUUCUUGCCUCGCGGAUCUGGUAUUGUAACUCGCUGUCCAUUAGUCUUACAGCUUGUUGAAUGUAAGAUGGAUAAUAGAAAAUAUCGUAAAGAAGAAAAUGGAACCACCGAAAUUCAAGAAUGGGGCGAGUUCCUGCAUUUAAAGGAUGAAAUAUUCUCUGACUUUGAUUUGAUCCGCAAAGAAAUUGAGGACCAAACAGACAGACUGGCUGGAAACAACAAAGGAAUCUGUCAUGAACCAAUUAAUUUGAAAAUUUAUUCACCAAAUGUUGUAACUUUAACACUUGUUGACUUACCUGGCAUAACUAAGGUUGCAGUUGGCGAUCAGCCAGAAGACAUUGAAGACCAAAUCAAAAAGCUUGUCAUGCUUUACAUUGAAAAUCCUUUAUCAAUCAUCUUGAGUGUUAGCACAGCUAAUACAGACAUCGCCAACAGUGAAAGCUUAAAGUAUGCAAAACGUGUUGAUCCCGAAGGUGACAGAACAUUGGCGAUUCUUACAAAGAUUGAUUUAAUGGAUAAAGGAACUGACGCAAUGGAAAUGCUUAGUGGUCAAGUCAUUCCAGUUAAAUUAGGCAUAAUUGGAAUCAUUAAUCGUUCACAGCAUGACAUAAAUGAGAAUAAGACAAUUGAUGAGCAGUUGAUGGACGAAAAAGCAUUUUUUGAGAAGAACUACAAGGAAAUAGCUCAUCGCAAUGGAAUUCCGUUCUUGUCCAAGCGAUUAAGUGAAUUGCUUAUGAAUCACAUUAGUGACAGCCUGCCAAACUUAAAACUGGAAGUUGCCAAUAAAUUGAGUGACUAUCAAAAACUUCAUGAUGCUUGCGGAGAAGAAGUAAAGGAUCGAGACAAGAUUAUUGUUGGAAUUGUCACGAAAAUGACGAAAUUCUUCUCUGAAAUUAUCGAUGGUAAGUGUACAAAGAAGAUUACGGAUGUAAAGGCUUUAUGUGGCGGUCCAAAGUUCCGUAGAAUUUUUGACGAAUUGUUUACUGUUGCUUUAAUAAAAAUUGAACCGGAACUAAGCAUAGCUGAUAUUGUCUCGUACAUCUCGAAUAAUGGAGGUCCAAGACCAGCUGUUUUUGCGCCUGAAAAUCUCUUCAAUAAUCUCGUCAAAGAGCAAAUUGAACGCUUACGAGAACCGGCAUUAAAAUGUGUUGAAAACAGCUAUGAUGAAAUGGGAAAAGUGAUCCUUAAAUUAGUUAAGGAACAGCAUGUUCUGGCUCGUUUUAAUGUCCUUGAGAAGAAAAUUUAUACAGUUUUGAAAAAUUUCCUAAACGAUCGACUUCCAGCUGCUAAGGAAGCAACAAAUAAAUUAAUUAACACUGAAUUGUCAUCAAUUAAUACAAAUCAUCCAGACUUUUCGAUUGAAGCUGCUUUAAAGGAAGAUACUUACAAAAGUGUUAAGAUUGAAAAGGAUGCAGAAAUAAUUGAGCAUUUAGUCAAGCAUUACUUUCCAAUCGUCAAGAAAACUGUUCAAGAUCAAAUUCCAAAAAUUAUUAUGCAUGAAAUGAUCAAGUAUAUGAAGGAUAACAUUGAAUCGGAAUUGCUUGGCAAGUUGUAUAAAGAAAAUCAACUGGAAAUGCUUCAAGAAUCUGAGGAAAAUGCUUAUCGACGUGAAAAUGCUAAAGCUAUGAUUAAGGCACUGAAAGUUGCUAAAGAAACCAUUGAGGAAAUUGAAUUAGGAUAUUGAGCAUGUUUGAAAGUAUAAACGAUUUUUAUUUGCCUUAAUUCCAUUAAUUCUGAUAACUUUAAAGUCCUCAAAAUUGAUUUUUGUAACUAUUAUUAAGAAAAUGAGCUAACGAUAAAAAGCUAAUUAUAAAAUUUAUGUAACUUUGAAACUUGAUAUGUUAACAUUUUUAAAACACAAGCAAUAAAGCAAACUGUAAAACAAAAGA